AUGGCUAAGGAUCAAGAAAAUGGUGAAAUUGAUCCAGGGGUCAACGACAAUUCGGAACGUCCAAAAAGUUUCAACAGCACCUUCCAAGAAGUUCUCUUCGUCUUAACUGCCACGAUGGCCAUUGGCCAGCAGUCGUUCUUCCAGGGCUGUAUUGUGGGAGUGACUGCAUCCAUUGGCAGGGAUUUACAUAUGAAUUCCGCUGAAAUCACCUGGAUCAAUGCCGGUGCUUCCCUUACUAGCGGCGCCUUCCUUCUCACCUUCGGAAAGCUAGCCGACAUGUUCGGACGCAAAGUGCUCUUCAUCAUCGGCAUGGGCGGUUUCACCAUCUCAUUACUCAUCGUCGGCUUUGCAAAAAACGCCCUCUACAUGGAUAUAUUCUCUGGAGUUCUAGGUUUAUUCGCAGCCGCCGUCGUUCCACCCGCGGUCGGCACUCUAGGCGCAACUUACGAGAAGCCCUCAAAGCGAAAGAACCUUGCCUUUGCCUGCUUCAGCGCGGGAAACCCGCUGGGGUUUGUCGGUGGCAUGAUCAUUUCCGGUGUCGCGGCGCAUUUGUAUAACUGGCGCGCUUCAUUCUGGGCCCUUGCGGUUGUCUAUGCCAUCUUUACCAUUUUGACCGUCUGGACGGUGCCCACUGAUGGGUUUACUAGGACGCCUUUGAGUGUUCAGGCUUUGAAGCAAUUAGAUCUUCUUGGGAUGAUCUUGAUUGUUGUUGGGUUUGCGUUAUUCUCGAGUUCGCUUUCUCUCGCUGCAGAUGCUCCAGAUGGCUGGAAAACGGAAUACGUUCUUGCUCUGCUUCUUGUGGGCUUUUUCCUUCUCGUUGCAUUUCUAUACUGGCAAUCCGUUGCUACAAACCCUCUGAUGCCUCUUUGGGUCUGGCAAGAUCGUAACUUCUCCCUUCUCAUCGGAGCCUGCUGCCUUGGCUUCAUGGGGUUCUCUGCCGUCAGUUUCUUCCUCUCCCUCUACCUUCAAAACUUAAAACAUUUGUCUGCCCUUGAAAUCACCGUCCAGCUACUCCCAAUGGUUGUCAACGGGGUGCUGGUCAACGUCGUCUGCGGUCUGGUCCUGCACCGCGUAAGCAACAAAAUCCUAACCGGCAUCGGAGCACUGGCGUAUACAGCCUCGUUCCUUAUCCUGAGCUUCAUGAAGCAAGAAGCUACCUAUUGGGCAUUUAUCUUCCCAGCGCUAGUUCUUGUAGUUGUUGGUGCUGACAUCCAAUUCAACGUCACAAAUAUGUACGUGAUGUCUACCCUCCCACCAUCCCAGCAAUCCGUUGCCGGCGGUAUAUUCAACACUGUCAUCAAGUUGUGUAACAACCUGGGCGUUGGCAUUGCCACUUCUGUGGAGAGCUCAGUCGCCCUUCGUAUGACCACCUCCACGCCUGCGAUUCGGCCUUACCUCUCGGUCUAUUGGUUUGCGGCUGCCGCUUCGGGCGUGUCUCUGCUUUUGGUGCCGUUCUUAACAAUUGGUAAACAGGGCAAUAACGUUCCGUCAAACGAUCGGUUGAUUUCCGAGGAGGCUGGUGGGAAGACAGCUGUUACUGUUAAUGCCGAUUCUGGGAUGUCUUCUACUUUUGAUAUCACGGAGCAUGAGAAGAGGUAG